AAGCUAUGCAGACACCUGACCCCAGCGCUGCUCACCUAAGUGACUGGCAAAGUAAGUUGUUUGCUCUAAAUUCUCCCACCUGCUCCCCUGCACAGAAGGCAGAUGCAUAUCGUGGUUUUAUUUAUCAGAUUCAGUAUGCAUGGGCUAACUCUGAGAUCUCCCAGGCAUCGGCAUCCCACCUGUUCAAGACGUACGCAGAAAGGUAUGCUGCCAUCGUUGACUCUGACAAGGAGGGGAAUGGCCUAAAUAACUACGCAGACAGCAUUAUGUCAUUGGCCAGAUGUCCACGCAAUGACAGUGACAAGUGGCAGUCGUCUUUGACUACCAGUAAUGUUUUCGAGUUGAAACGUGUGCAGGAAAUUUUUCAGUCUGCUCAAUCAGACCUGCAGUCCCAGUCGAGUUCUGCAGAUGCAUCACUUAGUGAAGAUAAUGGGGUCAGUACCUUUGGAGAUUCAUUGGUUACAAGUAAAGACCUCAGCAGUUUAGGACAUACAAGCACAGAAUGUGACUCUGAAGAGAAAACUAAAGGAAGCUUAUUUCAAAGUGCAAAAUUACCCACAUCAUCCAAUAUUAAAUGCACAGAUGCAGAUAUCCAACCAACUGUCCCACAUACCAGUAAACAGUUGGUCACAAUGCCAGUAUUUGCAACUGCUUAUACAAGUGUAAGUACUGCUCCUGGGCAAAGCAUGUUUUCUGCUGGAAAUUUAAUAAAUGCUGGGAAGAGGAAGAACCUUUGUGCAAUCGAGGAUGAAGAUCAGAGACCAACAACGAGCAAAGCAAUCCCAACCAUGUGUGGUACACUUGAAGAAGGCGCCUUUAAAACUGCAAAAGAACAACUGUGGGUUGAUCAGCAGAAAAGGUAUACUAGUCAGUCCCGCAACACAGGUCCCGGAACAUAUAGUACCGGAAAAAAGUCACUGGGGGCUGUACGGUCUCGUGGACUGCAUGGGAAAUUUGUUCCUCCAAUUGCAAAGAAAGAUGAUGGCGAUGGCUAUACCGGUCAAAAAAAAGCUUAUUCAGCUAGUAACAGUGAGUCAAAUGUGCCGUUUGAUGAGCGUUUGAAAAACAUAGAGCCAAAAAUGAUUGAACUCAUCAUGAGUGAAAUUAUGGACCAUGGCCCUCCACUUAACUGGGAUGAUAUUGCUGGUUUGGAGUUUGCCAAAACUACCAUAAAGGAAAUAGUAUUAUGGCCAAUGCUGAGGCCAGACAUAUUCACUGGACUUAGGGGUCCACCAAAAGGCAUUCUUCUCUUUGGACCUCCAGGGACAGGAAAAACCCUGAUUGGAAAGUGUAUUGCAUGUCAAUCAAGAGCUACAUUUUUUAGCAUCAGUGCAUCAUCGUUAACUUCCAAAUGGGUCGGUGAGGGUGAAAAGAUGGUUCGUGCCCUCUUCACAGUGGCAAGAUGCCACCAGCCUGCUGUAAUUUUUAUAGAUGAAAUAGAUUCCCUUUUAUCACAGCGUGGUGAGGGAGAGCAUGAGUCUUCAAGGAGAAUUAAAACAGAAUUCUUAGUACAGUUAGAUGGUGCCACAACUUCCUCAGAUGACCGCAUACUUGUGGUUGGUGCUACUAAUAGGCCUCAAGAGAUAGAUGAGGCUGCAAGAAGGCGACUUGUUAAGCGGCUGUACAUUCCUCUUCCUGAAGCCUCAGCUAGAAAGCAAAUUAUUGUUAGCCUGAUGUCUCAAGAGAAUUGCAGCCUCUCUGAGAAGGAAGUGGAAUCUAUAGUUCUUCAAGCUGAAGGGUUUUCUGGUGCAGACAUGACUCAGUUGUGUCGAGAAGCGGCCCUUGGUCCCAUUCGCAGCCUUCAGAUUUUCGAUAUUUCUACCAUUUCAUCUGAGCAAGUCAGGCCUAUUGCCUAUGUUGAUUUUCAGAAUGCUCUGCAAACAGUGAGGCCCAGUGUGUCGAAGCAGGAUUUAGAAUUGUAUGAACAGUGGAAUAAAACUUUUGGUUGCGGGAGAUAGAAACCAGACAGUCUAAAUAUCAAAAGUGAGCAAAUGUCCAAUUUUUCAGUUCCAGGUCCAUUUUUCUUUUAAAGAUGUGUUUUUGGGCAAACUUAAAGGCCGUACAGAAAUGUGCUAUUAGUCCCUCUCUCUUCUUGAAAACCAAUUAUUUAAUGGCAAACAAUAGAAAUGUUAGUUAUUGACCUGCUAGCUAUAUGAUAUGUUCAAUAUGAUCUUAUGUGCAAGAGUUUAUACAAUUUAUUUGUGUUUCAAAUGUCAAAAUAAAACGCAUUCUAGUUUCA